AUUUUUAAAGCUUGGCGAAAGAGGCUACACGUGCUUGAACAGGUUAUCUCAAAUGGCGAACGCGAGUACUGGUGAUGCUAGGUGUACAGAAGCAGGAGGAAAUACGAGUUUGUGGGAAAAUUCUUGUUUUUGCCCCCUACACAUCAGAAAUAAAGUUCUGUGUUAAUUAGAGUUGGGCUCCAGGAAAGGGAAUGGGAAUUUGGGGGAUUAGUGCAAGAAGGAGUUGCAUUGGUCUCUGCAACAUCAGAGUGAGUGGGCAGUCAUUCAGAGGAAGAGCAUUUUCAGACUCCAAUUCUAUUACAAGUGACGAUUCUGUCUUGCCGGUGUUGAUCAUCGGCGCUGGUCCAGUUGGUCUUGUCCUCUCCAUACUUCUUACAAAACUUGGUGUAAAAUGUGCGAUCUUAGAGAAGAGCAAGGCCUUUUCCAAACACCCUCAAGCACACUUCAUCAACAACCGGUCUAUGGAGAUAUUUCGCAAAUUGGAUGGUCUUGGAGACGAGAUUCUAAGAUCUCAACCGCCAGUAGAGUUUUGGAGAAAGUUUAUAUAUUGUACAUCACUGACAGGACCUAUUUUAGGUGCUGUUGAUCAUAUGCAGCCUCAAGAUUUUGAUCGGAUUGUGAGUCCUGUCUCUGUUGCACACUUCUCCCAGUACAAGCUCUCCAGGUUACUGCUCAAGCACCUUGAGAAACUCGAUUUCUGUACGAUAAACUCUGAAAAGCGUGAGCAUGGCUCUAUUGGCGAGAGGAAGAUCUUUAUGGGGCAUGAGUGCAUUGCAAUCAAUGAUGCUGAGCAUGGCGUCAGUGUAACGGCAUCUUUCCUUACUGAAGGGAAGUAUAUAAAGAGAGAUAUUCAGUGUCGUUUCCUUGUUGGUACAGAUGGUGCAGGAAGUACCGUCAGAAAGUCCUUAGGAAUUAACAUGAGAGGUGAAAAGGACUUACAAACUCUUGUUAGUGUCCACUUCCAAAGCCAAGAGUUAGGGAAGUAUCUCAUCAAAGAAAGACCUGGCAUGCUGUUUUUCAUCUUUAAUAAAGAUGCUAUUGGUGUUCUUGUUGCCCAUGAUCUCAAGCAAGGGGAAUUUGUCCUGCAGGUACCAUUUUAUCCACCUCAACAAAAGCUUGAGGACUUCAGUUGCGAGAUGUGUAAGAGAUUGAUCUUCAAAUUGAUUGGCCAAGAGCUUGCAGACGUCAAUGUGAUGGAUAUUAAGCCUUGGGUGAUGCAUGCUGAAGUAGCUGAGAAGUUUCUGUCUCGUAACAACAGGAUAAUCCUUGCUGGUGAUGCUGCUCAUCGAUUUCCUCCUGCCGGUGGUUUUGGGAUGAAUACUGGUAUUCAAGAUGCUCAUAAUCUUGCGUGGAAAUUAGCUUCUGUAAUCAAGGGUAUCUCACCAAUAUCAAUUCUUACCUCGUAUGAACUUGAACGUAGCCAGAUAGCCCAAUUUAAUACAGCACUUAGCGUCCAAAACUUUAAGGCGGCAAUGAGAGUUCCUGCUGCACUUGGUCUUGAUCCAACAAUAGCAAAUGCAGUACAUCGAGCUCUUAAUAACACGGUUGGUUCUGUUCUGCCAUCUGGACUUCAAAGGACAAUAUUAGAUGGAAUAUUCAGCAUUGGUCGUGCACAACUCUCAGAUUUUGUAUUGAAUGAAAAUAAUCCACUUGGAUCUGCAAGGCUAGCCAAAUUAAGACAGAUAUUUGAAGGAGGACAGAGCCUUCAGCUCCAGUUCCCUGCUGAGGAUCUUGGUUUCAGGUACCGAAAAGGAGCAUUAGUGUUUGAAGAUUUUAGUGGGUUGAAUGUGCAUGAAGCACCUUCAGGACGAAGAAGGGAUUAUAUUCCUUGCUCGGAACCUGGAUCAAGGCUCCCUCAUAUGAAUGUUAAAUUGCUUUCUAACCCGUCAAGUGAGGAAAUAUUCUCUACUCUGGACCUUGUAUCUGGAGAUAAGGUUGAGUUUGUCCUUAUAAUAGCACCACUGGAGGAGUCCUACUAUUUAGCUCGAGCUGCUAUAGAGGUGGCGAACGAUUUUAAAGUGCCUUUAAAGGUUUGUGUAAUAUGGCCAAAAGAAAGUAUUAAUGGAACCGGAAGAAGUGAGGCUGCAUUGACUCCCUGGAAAUUUGUUGAAGUUGUGGAAGUGAAGAGCUCAUCAGAUUUUCCAUCCUGGUGGGACAUCUGUCAGAUGACGGACCGAGGAGCCAUUUUAGUGAGACCUGAUGAGCAUAUUGCUUGGCGUACAAAAUCCAGAAUUGCAGAUCCUAUCGCGGAGAUGAAAAAAGUUUUCCACAUUGUUACAGGAGUUGAUUGCAUCUGAUUUCACCUUUCGUGAAACUUUUACCCCGUAAAUCUAUGGUAGGCCUGGCGUUAGUACUUUGCUUUUGGAUAGACAGUUACCCCGUACUUGUACUUAUGCUGAUGAGAGACAGUAAAUACGGAAAUGGUUUUCAGAGUUUAGUUGGAGGAGGCUCAGUUAUUUAAACAUAUGUGGUGCAAAUAAAAUCCCAUAACAACUCAAAAUUGUAUUGUUAUUUAUUAAACUUGCUUUCUAUUUCUUUUUCUC